CCUAUGAACUCGGACAUCCCGGCACGAAAUAAAAGCCUUUCGGGAAAUGGGAAAAGCCACCCCACAGGACGCGCUCUGACUUCACGGAGCGUGGUGAUCUGGGGGCGGAAACGGUAGCGGAAGUCACCCGGGAGCACAGUGACUGGACGGAAGGGGAGCGGCCCAGGAUCGCUGCGUAGCGGGAGAAGCUGCCCAGGAGCAUGGUCCAGGAGCUGCCCGGUUUCCUCUUCCGUCCCCUUCGCACCCCGGAGGAUCGCUAUAGCGGGCCAGACUGCGCCAUCUCUGCCGGCACCGCCGCCGAAUCCGCUCCCGACAGACGAAGCCCUCGUCGCCACCCCGGCCGCGCAGGACCCCCGACGGGACUCGGGGAGCCCACCUCGGGGCCGGCCGCCUCUCUCCUCGGCCGCUGGGGCCUUCAGGGAAGGGAUGGCGCCGGGGCAAGCGUCUCUCCCGUUUUCCCCCGCCCCCCCGGCCGGAGGAAGCCACGGCCGCCGCCGCUGAGCCCUGCCGGUCACGUGACUCGCCCAGGCGGGAGCAGGGGGUUGGCGAGACCUCCGAGCCAGGGAGUUUAGGGGUGUCAGCCCUCUGGGCGGAUUUACUCGGGGGGUGAUGCUGUAGGUUCCCCUCCUCACCCACCUCACCGGUCUCCACCCGUCUCCAGCGCCUAGCGGGGGAAUCUCCUUGUGUCCCCGAAGCCGGUUGUCCCCUACGGGCUAGCCGCCUCAUCCCCUCGAGCCCUGUCCUGAGCGGUUGGGAGAGACCUGCUCCCUGCCCUCAAGGAGUUUGCCCCCCUGCUGGGGAGACAGGCCCAGAAUAACCGCCCAGCCACGGGGAGGGGCUUCGUUCGGGGUAAACAUGCUGAAGGUGAAAAAGCCCAAAAAAGUCCGGAAGAGGCGAAAAGCGGCCGGCCCGGCGGGGCGGACCCCCGGGGUCGGGCCCGACCCGCCAGACGUCACCGCUGCCUCCCCCUCCUCGCCCUUCCCUGUGUCCAGCACCACCGACAGCCCCCAGCACAGCGCGACCCCGAGCUCUAACCCCGGCCAGCGCCCGGUGACCGAGAUCAAGCUGGAGUCGGGCACCAGAGAAGGGGAAGACGAGGGCUACGAGAGCCACCUGGGGCCCCACCCCCUGGAGGAGAGGAAGGGGAAGGAGGCCGACACCCGCCCCCAGGCCGGCGGGAAGACCCCCCCUCGGCCGUCCCCCGGCCCGGACCGAGCCUUCCCCGGCCCGCUGGCCUUUGGCGAGGCCUCCUCGGCGCAGGAGAGGAAGGCCGACGUGAGCGCCUGGCAGUUCUUCGACCCCGACGAGGCGGACGCCUCCCGGGCCACCUGCACGCUCUGCCUGGCCAGCGUCAGCCAGCGCAAGGUCAAAGGGCACCUGAUGACCACGGCCCUCAAGCGCCACCUGGAAGGGAAGCACCCGCUGGAGUGGGGCGAGAAGGCUGGCAAGAGGAAGCGGGCCAGCGGUGGCAAGAGGAAGGAGGAGGAGGGCGAACGAGAGGGGGUGCAGGCGCCGGGAGGGGCGGGCCCGCCCCUGAGCCCGGUGGCCGGCCCGGCCCCGGACGCCAGCGCCUUCCGGCGGGGGAUCGGCAGCGAGAGCGACAGUGAGGAUGAGGAGAAGCGGAGGAUCGAGAUCCUGAUCGCCCAGUUGGCCAGGGACGAGAGCAACCGCAAGCAGAGGAAAGGGGACCACCCGUUCCGCUGCCGGGGGCGGGGGCGGGGCCAGGGGAGGAAGCCGGGGCCCCAGCCGGGCCACCAGAAGCCGCCCUCCCUAGAGACGCCGGUGGGAGCCGGGACCCCCAGCCCGGGGAGCCUGAGCUCCGCCAGCCUCCCGCUCGUGCCCUCGGGCAUCAGGCACCGGAGGUCCAUCUCGGCCGUCUGGCAGUUCUUCUACAUCGACUGUAACAAUGUGUCCCGAGCCAUCUGCACCCUGUGCCAGGCCAGCGUCAGCCGGGGCAAGCUGCGGGCCCAUUUUGGCACCACGGGCCUCAAGCGCCACCUGGAGUGCAAGCACCCGCUGGAGUGGGGCCGGAACCGGGCCUGCCCCUCGGCGGGCAGAGGGAAGAGGGUCGGCGAGGAGGAGGAGGAGGAGGAGGAGGAGGAGCCGGUGACGUCGUCCCUGGGCGAGGCCGCCCUCGGCCCGGGCCGGACCCUGGCCUCGUCGGACCGCUGGGGGGAGGAGCCGGAGCCGGCCGGGGGGGACGUGGGCGGCAGGUACGCCCCGGACCACCCUCGGGCGCGGGCCUGGAACCACAGCAUCGCCGAGCUGCUGUGCGGCACGACGCUGCCGGACUCCUUCGUGGCCUCCCGGCCCUUCCGCAGGUUCAUGGCCCGGGCCGACCCGUGCUACCUCGUGCCCUCCCCGGACUUCUUCUCGCACGAGGCGCGGCCCCGGCUGCACGGGGCCGUGCGCCUGCGGGUGCUCCGGGACCUGAAGCGCGCCGAGGGGGGCCGGAUCCACCUCGCCGCCCACGUGUCGACGCGGCAUCCCGCGGUGGACUUCCUGUCGCUCACCGCCCACUGGGUGACCUCCGACCCCGCGGGGGGCGGCGGCCGGCGCCGGCAGGCGGUGCUGAGCGUGCGGGGCCUGCCCAAGGAGCGUCCCCCGGGGGGCCAGCUGGAGCAGCAGGAGCUGGCCCGACAGACCCGCUCCUGGCUGGCCCCCCACUCGCUGAGCCCGGGUUUCACGGUGGCCGGCGGCGGCUGCCCCGGCCUGGAGCGGGCCGUGAGGGAGGCCGGCCACGCCCACGUGCCCUGCUUCGCCCACUGCCUCGGCCUGCUGGUCGGAGGCUUCCUGCACCACCACCACAGCGUCCAGCUGGCGGUGGGCACGGCCCGGGCCGCCCUGGCCCACCUGCGCCGCUUCCCGGAGGCCCAGCGGCUCCUGGCCCGGCUGCAGCGGGAGAGCGGGCUCCUCCCCGCCGGCCGCGCGUGGCCCGAGGAGACGGGCCGCUGGGACUCCACCUACCGCCUGCUGGAGUGGCUGGCCGAGCGGCAGCUGCCCCUCCAGGAGUGCGCGGCCCAGCGCCGGCUCGGGGAGGCCGGGGCGAAGCUGACCCCCAGCCUGUGGAGCCUGGUGGGCAGCCUGGUGGCGCUGCUCCAGCCCUUCGAGAUGGCGGCCCGGGAGGUGGAGGCGGCCGGCGCCUCCCUCAGCCAGGUGCUGCCUCAGGUGCGCUACCUGCACAUCUUCCUGCGACAGAUCCGCGGGCGGUUCGAGGCGGCCGGGGGCGGCGAGCCCGGGGCCGCCGGGCGCCUGGCCGAGAGCCUGGCCCUCCAGCUGGCCACCGACCACCGGCUGAACGAGCUGUUCCACCACGAGGCGUACGUGCUGGCCACCCUGCUGGACCCGCGCUUCAAGGGGAAGAUGGAGGCCAUCCUGCCCCUGGGCUCCGACGUGGACCACUGGAAGCAGGUGCUGGUGCGCAAGGUGAAGGAGAUCAUGGUCGCCUCGGCCUGCCCGCCCCGGGCCCCCCAGAGCCCGCCGGACUUCCGGGACUUUCCGGCCGACGUGGCCCCCGGCCGGCGCGGGACCGGGCGGCCGUCCCAGGGCAGGAAGGGCUACCGGAGGCCGGAGAAGGGCGGCGGGAAGGGGGCCGCGGCCGCCCCGCUGAUCCACAAGGAGAAGACCCUGACCGAGCACCUGGAGGGCGUGGGGCUGCUGGCCUCUGAGGGCAAGGGGGCCUCGCUGUCCACCGAGAGCCACUCGGCCUGCGUCAUGGUGGACAAGUAUCUCCGCGACACCCAGACCGUCGGGGCCCGGGACGACCCCCUGGCCUACUGGGAGAGGAGGCGCGGCCUCUGGCCCGCCCUGGCCCAGCUGGCCGUCCUCUACCUGUCCUGCCCGCCCUCGGGAGCCUCCUCGGAACACCUCUUCGGCUCCCCGGACGGCCCCGCCGAGAGCCAGAGCCGUCCCCUGGAGGUGGAGGCGGUCGAGGACCUCCUCUUUCUCAAGACCAACCUGGAAAACUUCCCCGACUACAGCCCCCCGCCCCUCGUCUUCUCCUCGGACCCCGACCCGGGCGGCGUCUGUGACCGGGAGGGGGAGAAGCGGCCGGCGUAGGACACCCCCUCCCCGGGAUCCCGGGGGGGGGGAGGAUCAGCCAGGGGCACCCUGGGGAGUCGGGGGCGGCUCCUGACGUGUGUCCCCCCCCCCCCCCCAGGGUGACCCCGACCCUGCAGGUUCAGCCUGCACCACACAGCCUGCCUUACCCAAGCGGGGGCUCCGAGCACGCUGGGACUCGGGUCGUCUGGCCCUCAAGGACGAAGAUGUAGCUUAACCUUUUGUAACUUCAUCAGCAUCUCAUCGUCCCGUGCGAGGCACGGAGAUGCACAAUAAAUUUUAUUCCCAAAGUGGAUGGUUUGAA